AGCUCACGGUAGUGUUACUCUUACUAGGUGCUGUAACGGCACUGUACCAGGCCAUGACCUACGGACAAACCCCGAACCUUAGCGUAAGCACCAGAGAGUUCGUCAAGAAAGAGUGUGACGGCGUGAAAUCGUUCAUCUGUGACUCGUGCACCUCCCGGAAGCCGUGCAUCAAUGGUGUCGAAGUCAACCCCACCAUUAAUUGCGGUGCCGGUCUCUACUGCAUCGAAAGCACCUCCUCCGACCGGUGCGGUCCCACGCCGUCUGCUGUUUGUCUUCAAUCAACGGCCAGCACCUCGUUCACGUGCAGAGCUACCGGAGUCCUGCCCGAUCCCAACAACUGUAACAACUACCAUGUGUGUCUGGCCGUUGGCGAAGCUUCCAGCAUCUACAACUGUCCGCCGGGAUACGUUUUCAGCAUUGCGUCAGCUGGCUGCAUCCGUCAGGUGUCGGCGGCCAACUGUGUGACCGUAACGUGCCCGGCCGGGGAACCCGCCUAUGUCCUUUACGGCACCACUCGCCAGUACUACGUCGUAUGCGAUGGCACGAAUCGUCCUACGCAGGUCCUGAAGUGCCCGAACCAGUCCUUUUUUACGUUCUUCGCGUCGAGCACCCGCUUCGGCGAGUGCGUCUAUACGUGCUCCGGGCAGGGCAACUAUCCGAACAGCAACAAUCCCAGCAGCUACUUCCAGUGCUACCUGCUGAAUGGCCGUAUCGUCUACACCGAGGUGGAUUGCCCGCAAAAUACGGUGUUCAAUCAAACCUUGCGGUACUGCGUGAGGGCUCAGUAGAAGGAGUGCAUCACCACUGUACUGGCCAAUACGUUGAAACAAGGAUUUCUCCUAAACUCGUUUUUGUUACGUUUUCCUGGUUACUACUGUAAUUAUUAAGAGUAGUUUUUUUAAAUGUUUUUGCUGAUAUACAGACGAUGUGUAUAAAAAGGCAAAAGCUAACGAGUUUUAUUAUUUUCCAAUAAUACUUACGAACAAGAACGAAUUUUGUCGAUAGAAAAGAAUUAAAUUAUAUAUAUAUAAAUUUUGCGUUGAGCGCAUCAUA